AUGGCAUUUCGCUUGCCAUUGAUAAUGCAGGCUAAGAGGCAUAUCCUUCGCCGCACACUUUCAAAAGGUGAGAAAAUGUUGUCAGGUAAUAGUAAUAUACCAAAAGGGUAUUUAGCAGUAUAUGUUGGAGUAGAGAACAAGAAGAGAUUUGUGGUUCCAAUAUCAUAUUUGCAUCAACCUGCUUUUCAACAAUUUCUUUGUAAAGCUGAACAAGAGUUUGGAUUUAAUCAUCCAAUGGGCGGCCUCACCAUUCCUUGCAGAGAAGACGUCUUUCUUAAUGUCACCUCUCAAUUGGAAAGUUAA